CAAAAUAGGUACAGUAAGUACUAGAAACGUGACCGAGAGUUGCUUUUAGUUAUAUAGUAGUACUUUGUCGAAGUUGGGUGAGAGAGAAUUAUUCGUAACCCUGUUAACAAGAUUAAGUAAACUCGUUUACUUAACAUAUUAGUAUAUUAUUAAUUAUUUAUAUAUCUAAUUACAUAUACAUCUGUAUAUAUGGCUUCAAUCGAAGAAAUAGAUCAGCUGGACAGCGGUAUGGGUAGCAGCGACGUACGUUCUCCAGAAGUAAAAUCUCUUCUUCCUAAUGAAGAAGAAGACGAGGAGGAUGAAAGCUUUUCAGAAAGGUUAUUAGGACUUACUGAAAUGUUUCCUGAAAAUGUUCGCAAAGUUGGAUAUAAUGUUGGAUCUUGUAUGUGCACUUGUGUCAAAGGUUUAUAUACAUUUUCAUGUUCGGCAACAUGGCUCUUGUUUAGUUCAUCUGCUAUUUUAUUUGCACCUGUGUUCUUCGAAGUAGAGCGUGCUCAAAUGGAAGAAGUUCAACGCGUUCAACAAAAACAGGUGUUACUUGGACCUAAUUCUGCUAUCUCUAAUGUUAGUGCUUCUGGUCUUCCAAUGGCUCCUCCUGUGCAACGAUAAAUAAUUACAUGAUUUAUCAUUAAAAUAAAUGUGCAUUAACUUCUGCAUUCAACUAUUUAUCAACAUAAUAGUAUCAUUAAUCGCAAUAUCAUCAGAGUAUAUUGAUCAAGUUAUAAAUCAACUGUAUAUCUUACGGUUUCAAUUCUUAAACUCUAAAUUCCAAUAAUAUGCAUUUGUUUAGUUACACAUUUAGAAAAUUAUGUAAGACUAUCUAAUGAUCCAUUUUUUUGGACUAGUAGAAUGAUAAUGAAUGUAUAAAACUUUUAACUUCAGGUGUAAUUUUUAAUACAUAGCGAUAGACCGAAGAAUUUAAAUAUUUUAUCAUAUUUUUUACUCGUCUUGCAUAAUUAAAUAAAUUCUAAAUGAUAGUAUGUAAUGUGUCAAAGCACCGUCACUUAAUAUCAUCAGAUCAAUAUCGUCAGAAAAUCAAACUUUCAUGUAUAAAUAUUUACAAUCAUGGGUAUAAGCUAUACUUCAUUCAUAGGAAGUGAGUCAGGAUGCACCGUUGUUAUUUUUAAUGUAUAUGUUAUUGUAAUAUGUUAAAUAAAAAUAAAAUUAUGACAUUACACUAGU